CAAUCGACCGUCUCUCACUCGCCGUGCCAUCCCCCUCCCCACCGUUACCUGUUGACAGGAGCAGAGCUCAGAGCUGACUCCCUCGCCCUUCUGAUGACCGUCCGCCGGGGAGAACGUGCUCCGGUCCCUAUCCGGGAACACAUGGCCAUUGAUGUGUCUCCGGGACCAAUCCGACCCAUUGCCCAGAUCUCCGCUUAUUUCCCACACCCUGGGCUGGAGGGAGUACUGUCCACCCGAGACAGAAUGAGGGGCCCAGGGGCAGCUAAUGUGGCCCCCGGAACUGGAGAAGGAGAAGCAGCUGACGGAGAUGAUUCUGAUGAGAACACCUCCCUGGGGACUCUGGAAUUUGACGUCCUUUAUGAUCCCGAGAGCUGCACUCUCAACUGCACCAUCCUACGGGCCAAGGGGUUGAAGCCCAUGGAUUUUAAUGGUCUGGCUGACCCAUACGUGAAACUCCACCUCCUACCAGGGGCCUGCAAGGCCAACAAGCUGAAAACACGGACCCAGCACAACACCCUCAACCCUGUGUGGAACGAGGCUCUAACGUACAUCGGGAUAACCGCCGAGGACAUGGCCCGGAAGACCCUGCGAAUAUCUGUCUGUGACGAGGAUAAACUGACCCACAAUGAGUUCAUUGGAGAGACUCGGGUGCCCUUAAGACGCCUCCGGCCUGGCCAGAAGAGACACUUCAACCUGUGUUUGGAACGGCAGCAACCGGUGAGAGUCUAGCGCAAAGUUUUCCUCUGGGCCCCUCUGGCUUCCCCCUCCUCCAUGACAGCCGCUCUGCGUGGAAUUUCCUGCUACCUGAGAGAGUUAGAACCCCCGGCUGGCUGGGCCCUGGAGGAAAGGGGCCGCAUCCUGCUCGCCCUCAUGUACAUCUCCGAACGGCACGGGCUUCUGGUGUCUGUUCUCCGCUGUGCCCACUUAGCUGCGAUGGACGUGUGCGGCUACUCCGACCCCUACGUAAAAGCGUAUCUCAAGCCAGACGAAGAGAAGAAGUCAAAGCACAAAACAACUGUGAAGAAGAAGACGCUGAACCCGGAGUAUAAUGAGGAUUUUUUCUAUGAGAUUGAGCACUCAGAACUCGGUCAGAAAUCUCUGGAGAUAACAGUAUGGGACUACGACAUUGGAAAAUCCAACGACUUCAUCGGAGGGGUGACCCUGGGGCUGGGAGCCCCCGGCGAAUGCCGACAGCACUGGCUCUCGCUCCUUCAGACCCCUAACCAUCGCCUCGAGCACUGGCACACACUCACCAACGAGCUCCCAGAAUCCUCCACUUUCGGCCCCUGAGGUACCAUCAUGACUGCCUACGGAACCGCAUCCUCCCACCUUG